CAACCGUCAUGCCUCAUCGGUACUGAUGCAUCGUCUAUGAUCAAUGUCUAUUAUACUUCAAGUCCGGAAAACAAGACGAAACGAGCGUAACUACAGUUCGAUGUCUAUGCAUCGGUAUAGGGCUGGUAUGCCGAAUGGGAUCAACGGAAUCAAGUAAAGAAAUCAAGGAAGCGGUACUGGUACAAGAUUAGCCUUUUGGUUAUCACAGCGCAAAAUGAUAAACACAAUCGCCAUGCACAGAAUAGAGGUGAUGACAACCGCUAAACAGCAACGUUUCGCCCACUUCACCUCUGUGUCUUGCAUCUUCUGGAUGAUUUGUUCACGUUCUGCAUCUGUUUUUUCUAGAAGCCAUGCUCCGGAUGGCGUUGAUUUCGGCGGACGCAAUGGGGAAAGGAGGAUGGUCGCCCCGGGCGCCCAAAAAGGCGGGAAUACUUUGGUGUUGGAGAUACAUUGCCAGAGUUGAUAGGUUCGGUAUAUCCUGUCAAUGAAUACGCUGGGGACUCCUCAAAUUAACGAGGUAGCUUCUUUUCCUGGAGCGAUCCACAGUAAUGUUCGAAGGCGGCCUCUAGGUUGUUCGUCGGACGGACAAAUGCACCCCCUGUACAGAGCAAUUACACACGGGGUAUCCGCAUGGGUGACGAAUUCAUUGGCGACGAUGUUUACUAGAGAAGUCGUUGAUUUGGGAGAACCUGCUCGAGAAAAACACCGUGCAUGUGACUGAUUAUUUAUGCUCGCAGUCCAGCAGGUCUCACAUCGACAACCACAAGGCCCUAACGACGGAUAGUGAUGCCACCAACCGUUAUUCGAUGGUUUGCGUUUUCAAACGAUGUUACUAUUUCAAUAAUUUGAACCUACUGUGGCGUUCCUCUACGAAAGGCGUUCAUAUGAGAUAAAGGAAUAUUGAAUGCUGAACGGCUGGCAACUACGGCAACUAAGUCAGGGGGCCGCUUUCAACCCCUAAAGAUUUGCCAUUCUCAUUUUCACCACCGACUACCAUGGCGGAACCCAGUAAGCGCAAGCGCAGUCCGGACGACUUACUUGGCCCCUCGAACGUGAAAAAGGCGCUAAUACAUCUGAAGGAAGAGUUAAAUAUGCUGAACUCGAAUUAACCAAUAAACCAAACGUCGACUUUUCAAAUGUCACAGAAAUACACCUCUACAGGGCCGGUGUUAGGGCCAAACCCCUUGAAUUCGAGCCGGAGAAAGUCAACGGAUCGAUUAGAGGGCAGACACCGGCUAUUGAAGCCGAAGUAGCUGAUUUACACUCGCGCAUCAAAAAAAUAUUUGACUGCGUGAAUAUGGACUACGGAACAGGUUCACUUAUGGUAUUAGAUGCAGUCCUUCUCUCAUUGGCAGCCAUUGCCUCUUCUCAACAGAGAGAGAUUGUGAUUUUUCCUGAGAUUAGGUUUGCUGGAUAUGAUAAAGUUCAAGUCUCUCAUCCCGUCACUGGAUACGAACUGUCGUUAAGAGGGAGUGUCGACUAUACCAUUAUUGAGAUCGACAAUGUGGAUAAUAGAAAGGCCCGCUUGCUUCGCCCUGAAGGAUCCCAGGUGCUCUUCCUCAAGCAUAGAAAUGCCCAAGUUCUGUUUCUGCUUGUAAAAGCCAAAUACCGGGACCCAGAACAGACCUUCGCCUCCCAUAUUCCAGAAGCUGUAGGCCAAGCAAUCACACUCAUGAAGUACAUGAAUAUUACAGAGUCUCGUUUCUGUUUAUCCGAUGGGCUGAAUUGGAGGUUUUACAUCUUGAAGUCUGAAGAUGGGAUGCUAACCUGUUAUGGAUCAGCACUGUAUUGUCUCAGUAAAGACAGCUUGCAAGAAUCUGACCAGUCUUUACGUGAAAUCAUGCAGCUUAUUUGUGAAUGGGUCUGGCCGACCACGCCUGAUCUGUUUGUGUUGGCUAAGAGUGCUGGCCGGGUUUAG